AAUAAAUUUUGAUAACAAAGUGCAUUUUUGGCGUACAGUUCUACGAUAGCUGUUGUGUGUGAUCAUUAAUCUGUGAUAAGUUUUUUUUUUCUAAGUUUUACGUCAAAGUUCAGUCUUGAAGCUGUCACGAUGGCGGCAAAGUGUGAGAUUGGUGUGUCGCAGUUUUUUGCCGGGAAACACGUCUUCAUCACUGGCGCCACCGGGUUCAUGGGGAAAGUCCUGGUGGAACGUCUACUUUCCACCUGCGCUGACGUGGGCCGCAUUUACCUCCUGAUGAGGAGCAAAAAGGACCAUUCGCCUGAACAGCGGCUACAGGAGCUGAAAGCUUCACAGGCAUUCGACAAUCUCCGGCAGUCCCAGCCGUCUCAGCUGGAGAAACUUCGUAUCGUGGCCGGGGACAUCAUGCUCCCAGGGUUGGGCAUCUCCCAGGAGGGCUUGGAGGAUCUACAGGAGGUGUCGGUAGUUUUCCAUUCCGCCGCCACAGUUAAAUUCAACGAAGCCUUGAAGAUAGCCAUUGAGCAGAACUUGAUGUCCGUCAUCAGACUGCUGGAGAUCUGCGACAGACUUCCUCACAUGCAGGCAUUCGUCCACGUUUCGACAGCGUACAGCAACCCGGAAUUAUCCACCGUCGAAGAGAGAGUGUACCCGCCGCCCGUGCCGUUAGACUAUCUUCUUGACCUGGCCGCUGAAGAUAGUCCACUUCUGGACAAUGUCGAGAGCUUCAUAUCUCCGAAACCGAACUCGUACACGUUCACGAAGGCUAUGGCCGAGGCCGCUGUCCAGAGACACGGAUGCCAGUAUUAUCCUAUUGCUAUCGUCAGACCUACUAUAGUCAUAUCAUCCCUGAAACACCCGUUCCCCGGCUGGUUGGAGAAUGCCAACGGGCCGACUGGAGUCAUAUUUGGAGCUGGGAGGGGUUUACUACGAGUUUUCAGGUGUCGUCAGUCAGCACUGGCCGACCUCCUUCCCGUGGACAUAGGCAUCGAUACGCUGAUCGCGGCCGCGUGGGAAGUCGCCAGUGAUCGCCCACCAUCCCCCCGCGUCUACAACUGCUCGAUAUCUGAAAACCCAACGACUUGGGGCGACCUGAAGAGGGCCAUCAACCUUCACACGAGGAGUCAGCCUCAAUGCGGGGCGGUGUGGUACCCUGGGCUCCAUACAGCUGAGAACGGAUUCUUGUACAAAAUAUUAGAAGUAUUAUUGCAAACGACGCCAUUAUAUAUCGGAGAGAUCUUGGUCAGAAUUCUUGGAUAUAGUCAUAAACGCCUAAACCUCAUCCGAGUAAGCACCCAAAUGAAGAACAUGCAGAACGCGAUGAAAUACUUCGCGUUGCGAGAGUGGAGGUUCCAAUCCGAUAACGUAAGAAGACUAAGGGAGAGAAUGAGCGACGUGGACAAGAGGAUUUAUAACCUGGACCCUUGUAGUAUAGUAUGGGACGAACACUACAGUAAUUACGUAAAGGGUGUGAGAUUGUACCUACUGAGGGAGAAGGAACUGGACCAGCCUGCAGCCAAGAAACGAUUGAAAAAACUGUAUUAUUUACACUACGGCCUGUCAGUCUUCAUGCCUUUCUUACUCUUCAGAGCUUUCGUGAGGAGGAAGCAUAGACAGAACAUUCUCGAAGUACUCUUCGCGAUCUUGUCAAUAUUCAACGCGAUAUUCAGACGGUCCACACAAAACAUUUUAUAUAUAUACAAGGUUUCAUUGACUUUUUUAAACGACAAUGUGUUUCUGAAUAAAGUUUUUAAUGAAAGUUCUUAAA